AUGCCAAUUUAUAGUCAAUUGAAAAACCAGGAAACAAAUAUUCCUGAAUUCACAUCAAAUUUCUCAUUUUAUACAUUAAGUAGCUUUUUAAAUAAUAACAAUAAAAUGGAACUAGAUCAUAGAGAGGGUGAUGAGUUGGAAUUAGGGUUUGAAGAAACUGAUGAGUUGGAAUUGGAACUUGAAGCUGGUGGGCUGGAAUUGGAGCUUGAAGGUAGUGAGUUGGAAUUUGAACAUGAAGCUUUUACAGAGUUUGAAAGUAGUAAUGAUCAGAAUUCUGAACAAGAAAACAAUAAUAAUGAUGGAUUUAUUCCUGAAAUUGAUUUCUCUAUAUAG